AUGGACGGCGGUGUUGAUGCGGCGCCGCCGGGCACCAUGUACGUGCGCGCACUGUACGACUACGAAGCAGACGACAGGACCAGCCUGAGCUUCCACGAAGGCGACGUGAUUCAAGUCAUCACGCAGCUCGAGAGCGGUUGGUGGGACGGGGUCAUCAACGGCGUGCGUGGUUGGUUCCCCAGCAAUUACUGCCAGGUCAUCGCCGUCGAUGACCCCCCAGACCAAGUCCCGGGCGGCCGUGUCGAUCAGGUCGAUGCCGCCGCCGAGGAGAGCAAUGCCUACGGCAACAGCGUCGACCCGGAAGCCGAAUCCGAAGCGGACGCGGCGAGCAGCCUACCCCUCGAGGGUGCCGACCCUGCCGACAAGUCAAGGGCCGAUUUCUGGAUCCCCCAAGCGACUGCUGAUGGGCGCUUGUUCUACUACAACAUGAUGACGGGCGAUCGCAGCAUGGAGCUGCCGCUGGAGCCUCCCCAGUCCCCCUCCGAGACGGGCCCCCGAGACCGUACGAACCCGAUGAUUCCUGACAAGACUCGCCCCCCACCGGAGAUGAUGGCAAGAGGGUUGACGCAGGACGAGGAUGACGUCUCCACGACGUCUGCUUCAGAAGCCGAGGCGGAAUCGUUAUUGCUUACCUCGAAAUACACGUCCCAGGGCCGGACCUCCUUCGCCGGCGUUCUCUCACCCUCGACGUCCAUGGACUCCAUGAAUGGGGCAUCCCCGGGCCGACGCAAGAGAAUGACGACCUCGAACGGCAUGGCGAAUAGUGACCAGGCCAUGAACAUGGCGUUGGCCACUUCGUUCAUCAGCACCACCUACAACCUCCCAACCUCGACCGCCGUUCCGCGAUCCUUCUUCGACGAUGGCUCGACUCCACCCCUCUCCUGGAGCCUGCUGGUCUCCAACAUGAAGCUGGCCAUAAACCGAUACCGGGAGGCCAUCACGAACAACAGCCGCGCCGAGUACGUCGCGCGGGCGGAGGAUAUCUCUGAUCACCUCCGUCUCCUGCUUGCUGCCGGAUCGGGCACCACGGACAACCAUUCGGGCCAGCCGUCCAUAAUAUCAACCAACAAGGCGCUGUACCCGCAUUUUCGCGACAUGAUGUCCAAGUUCUCCAAGCUCGUCAUCUCGUCGCACAUCGCCGCCGCCGAUUGGCCGAAUGCGGAAUCCGUUCAGAAAUGUCUCCAGGAGGCCGACGGCGUUCUGCUCGGCGUUUUCAGCUACGUCGAAGUUGCCAGACAGCAACGAGGCGAGGAUAUCCCGAGGCUGUUCCCCGGCUUCGUCAUCGGCAGCAAUUCCGGCGGCAGUUGGCAGAAUAACGGAUUGGGGCCCCGAGACCCCAUCGCCUCCAACUUCUUGGAUGACGACGAUGGUGCCCUCGAGCCCACCGCGAUUCUCGAUGGCAAGCUUCUCGAGAGGCUGGACGAGCAGAAACGGAUACUGGUCUCGAGCAUACGAGAGCUGGACAGGAGUCUCGUGACGCCGGAAAAGAUCCUAACCCCGUACCGCCACGAGGUGAUUGGCAACAACGUGUGCUCCGCCGGGGGCAAGGUCGUGGACACGUUCAAGCCAUGGAUGGCCAUGAUCGAGUCCAUCGAGCUUGCUUCCCUCGGCAACAGCUUCCAGACCCCGCAGCUGGCCGACUUCAGCAUCAACAAGCAAUGCCUGUACGACAACAUCUCCGACCUCUUGCUCGGCUGCCAAGCCGUCGCAGGGCCUCUUGCCGACGAGUGGAACGAGGUGCAGGGCGAGGCGCUUGAGGCGCGCCUAGAAUACGUGAGACAGUGCGCGAGGGCGCUGGAAACCAACUCAUCACACACAGGCUUCUCCCUGCAGCUUCUCUCCGACCAGGUCCAGACCAACAUACAGCAGCGAUGGCGGCGCCGACCGCAAGCGGACCCUCGGACGAGGGAAGAGCAGAUGCCCCGCCCGCCGCAGCGAGGCGAAACGAUGCCGUACGAGCGAACGCAUCAACGUUCCGAAUCGAGGUCGGCUGCUGCCAACCGGCCGUCGUUGAUGACAAGCCAAUCGUUCGGCGACGGCGACCCGGCGUCCGGAAACUUUAGAAAGGGCGACUUUUCCAAGGUGAAGAAGAUCUUCGGAGAGGACCCAUCAUCGCUGCCAGCAGCGCAGGCCGGCGGUGACGACACGCCGGACUACUUGAUGCUCGACCACGACAACGACGUACUUUUCGAUACCAAGACGUCGCCGCCCACCCUCAGGGGAGGCUCUCUCUUGGCUCUCGUGGAGCAGCUCACUCGGCACGACAAGCUGGACUCCAGCUUCAACAAUACCUUCCUCCUGACCUACAAAUCCUUCACCUCGGCCCGGGAGCUCUUCGAGCUGCUCGUCCAGCGCUUCGCGAUGCAGCCCCCCGAAGGUCUCGCCCAGGGCGACUUUGAGGCUUGGAGAGAUCGCAAGCAGAAGCUGGUUCGUUUCCGGGUGGUGAACAUCUUGAAGAGCUGGUUCGACAAUUUCUGGAUAGAAGAGUACAACGACGAGUCGAAGCGGCUGAUCCGGGACGUGUACACGUUUGCGAGGGAAACGGUCAAGUCGACGGAGACGCCUGGCUCGGGCCCGCUGAUGGCCAUCCUCGACCAGAGGCUGAGCGGCAAGGAGGCGGGGGCUCGGCGGAUGAUACAGACUCUGAACCAGAGCACGCCGACGCCCAUCGUGCCCAAGAACAUGAAGAAGCUCAAGUUCCUCGACAUUGACGUCACCGAGUUUGCGCGCCAGCUGACCGUCAUCGAGUCCCGGUUGUACGGAAAGAUCAAGGCGGAGGAGUGCCUGGACAAGACGUGGCAGAAGAAGGUGGCCGAAGGCGAUCCGGACCCUGCGCCUAACGUGAAGGCACUGAUUCUUCACUCGAACCAGAUGACGAACUGGGUGGCGGAGAUGAUCCUUGCCCAGAUGGAUGUCAAGAAGCGCGUGGUGGUGAUCAAGCACUUCAUCGCCGUUGCCGACAAAUGUCGAGGCCUCAACAACUUUUCGACGUUGACGUCCAUCAUAUCAGCCCUUGGCACGGCGCCGAUUGCGCGGCUCAAGAGAACGUGGGACCAGGUUCCGCAGCGAUCGCAGGCCGUCCUGGAAACCAUGCGCCGUCUGAUGGCCAGCACCAAGAACUUUGGCGAAUACCGUGAAGCUCUGCACGCCGCGAACCCGCCUUGCAUUCCCUUUUUCGGUGUAUACUUGACCGAUCUGACGUUCAUCGAGGACGGCAUCCCUUCGAUCAUCAAGAAGACGGACUUGAUCAACUUUGCCAAGAGGGCCAAGACGGCGGAGGUGAUUCGCGACAUUCAGCAGUACCAGAAUGUCGGAUACUCGCUUCAGCCGGUCCAGGAGCUGCAGGACUACAUCCAGAACAACAUGCAAGCCGCGGGCGAUGUCCACGAGAUGUACGACAAGAGCUUGCAGAUUGAGCCGCGUGAGCGUGAAGACGAGAAGAUUGUGAGGUUGAACGCUCGAUCGACCGAGCUCACUUCGGAUUCCAUGCGGCGGGCAGGAGAGGCGUUCGACGACACGGUGGUCAUGACGUGCGGACGGGUAGCGAAACCCUGGUCGAACGAGUUCAGGGUCAAUGCUUCAGCCCAGAGCGUCCGGUCCGGCGUUCCGACGUUGUCGCAGAGCGGCGCGGGCGAGGAACAGCACGGCUGGAUGGACGAGCACCGGGACUGGCGUCGUCGACUGCGUGCGUCAGACUGGUGGAGCAACCUAUAUGCCGCUGCCCUCGACUCGACUCGCCGCCCUCCCUCCUUCUCUCCCUCUCCCUCCCUCCCCGGUCUCCCUCGGCCCCGACCUCUGCCUCGCCCUCCAACCCUCGCACCCUCCAACCCUCGCGCCCUCGGCACGGACGAAACUGGCACGUACGAGGAUCGGCCCUCCCACCUCGCGGCCUACAUUUCUCGCACCGCCGAGCGAGACCGUCGGGCGCAACGGACGGGCCAACGGACGGAUCCGAUCGCCGUCAUCGCCACGGUGCGCAAAGGAAACAAGCUAGCUCUUGAGCGCAUAGGCCCGCCGCUGCCCCCUCUCGCGAUGCCGCCGUCUGCCAAGAGGGCCUUCGGUGGCCGUCGCGACGUGCGCCGAGCCGUCGAUGGCAACGACGUCGACGACGUCGAGGACUCCUCGCCCGGGCGGCCGGUGAAGCGGCGCAAGAAGGCUCCAUCUCUCGACCCGGCCGAGCGGAGUCGGCUGUCGCCCGCUCACGAGGCGACGGAGCCGUCCAGGACGGACGACGACCAGGUCGUGACGCAGGUCUGCCAGCAGCUCAAGGCCCAGCCCGUCCAGGCCGCCAAGGACCACGCCAACGCCAUCCACGAGGCCAACGGCGACGGGGUCAAGGCGUACGCCAAGGUCGCCGCGUUGGAUUGGACCUUUUACAUCACGAAGCUGUCCGUCAACAUAGGUCGCGCCCCGGAGUUGCCGAACCCUGACGACCAAGACGACGAGACGGCGGUCCACAUCGACCUCGGCCCGAGCAAGAUGGUCUCGCGCGACCACGCGUCCAUCUCGUUCGAUCCCAAGGAGGAGAGGUGGCUCCUCCAAGUCAAGGGCCGCAACGGCGCCAAGGUCGACGGCCAGCAGCUGAAGCCGUUCGCGUCCCACGCCCUCAGCAGCGGCCAGGUCGUCGAGAUCGGCAACGUCGAGAUGAUGUUUGUCCUGCCGUCCGAGAUCAGCCCCCUCCACAUCCACUCGACCUUCCUUCAGAGGUGCGGCCUCGACGCCGACGCCCAGCACCAAGGCGCCGCCGCCGCCUCCUCGUCCCGUCGCCGUACGGAGACCAGACGACCGGGGACGCCAUCCUCGGCUCAACGUCGCGACGCCACCCCGACGGUCAAGUCUCCCGCCGCCGCGAGCACCCCCGCCGUCAUGAUGGGCGCCGGCAGCGUGGACCUCAGCCACGACGACAACCAGCACAUCAAGCCCCAGUACAGCUACGCCCAGAUGAUCACGCAGGCCAUCCUCAACGCGCCGGACGGGAAGCUGAACCUGAGCGGCAUAUACACCUUCAUCACCAACAGCUACUCCUAUUAUCGUCACCAGCCUCCCGCAGGCUGGCAGAACUCGAUCCGGCAUAAUCUUUCGUUGAGCAAGUCGUUCGACAAGGUGGCGAGAUCGACCGACGAGCCGGGCAAGGGCAUGAAGUGGCAGAUCGUCUCCGAGGCCAGAGAGGACAUGAUCCGGAACGCCUACAAGAUCGGUCGUGGCGGCCACCGAGGCUCGUCGGCGCCGUCCUCGCCGAACCAGCUCAACUACAUCGCCCAGGGGCCGAGGGACAUGGCGUCGCGAGAGACGCCGUCGACGCGGAAGCGGCGGUGCUCGCCCUUGGCCUCGCCGCCUCAAAGAUCCUCGCUCCGCAUCUCGCAGUCGACGCCCGAACGCCUUCCGGAGCCUACGGCGACCAGGGCGGCGACCCUGGCGGCUGACGGCAGCCCGUUACCUCGACAACGGAAACCGACCGUCGCCCAAGAUUCCUCCUUUUCCGCCUUCAACCCCCAAUCGCCGACACUUACCUCGUCGUACCUGCAAGAGGACGGCACGUCGUUUGUCACGCCGGCGCCUCCGCGCAUACACCCAAAGCUCGCCCCCCCCAGCACCGCCCAGCGGCCGAGCCAGCACAUGCCGACGAGCUCUCCCGCCCCCUUCUGGAAGUACGCCGACAUUGGAAGCACGCCGCUUCGGCCGUCGGCCCAAUACGAGCUGAGCCCUUCCAAGCGUGCUCGCGGGCUCCCGCCGCCGAGCAGCAGCCCGCCUCGGGCGAGCAAAUCUCCACCAAGCAGCCCCUCGCGACCGCAGAAGAACGGCGGGUCGCAGGAGCGUGUGAAGGCGGAGGCGGAACCGGAGGAGCAAGGCUUCGACUUGACCAAAGGCUUCCAAUCCAUCAGCUCGUAUCAUGCGCCGGUGGGACGUGGUGCCACCGUAGCGAACGCCUUGGAGGGCGACUAA